AUGGCGUUGGGACGGCGGCAGCAGCAAGGCCCGGUGGACCAGAUCGGAACGGCCGGUCAGCAGAAUUUGGAGGAACUGAAGAUGGAAGAGGAAGCGCUCCAGAAACAUUGCGCAGAACUGCAACAGGUUUGGCGACAGGAUGCUCUCAGCUUUGAGAACGAGGCCUUGGAAGUGCAGCUGAUGCAAAUUCAGGAUGAUCACGCACAGUUGCGCGAGGAACUUCGCAGUACUGGAGAGUUUUAUGGCCGCCGGAUUGCCGACAUGACGACUCAAUUGGAGGAAAGGGCUCGUGCUACAUCCACAGCAGAAGGACAUGCUGAUUGUCUGGGAGACUUGCUGGCCUUCCAUGAGGACAAUGGACUACUUGCAGCAAGCUAUUGGAGAACACAAUGCGUUAAACGAGAUGACAGCAUCAGGUUUCUUUCUCUGAAGCUGCAAGAGUACACUGUACCUUCUGCAGAGUAUCACAAGCGGCGCGCAGCUAGUUUCUCAGGAAACUUGGAUACUGAUGUAAAAGCCGAGUUGUCACCAUCAUUGUCGAGGACUGCUUCAGCACCUCUUCAAGGUGUCAAUCAGGUGGCAUUUAGAGCCGCAGAACGCGCCUUCAAGGCACUGAAUGAGCGCCAUUCAUGCCUGUGCGAAGAGCUGCAACGGUCAGAAGAGCACACCUUGAAAGUGGAGCGGAAGUUUCAGGAAAGCAAACUGCGGUGGAUUAAUUUGGGCCUUUGCAAAGCAUCUUUGUCCUGA